AUGGCUAAGAAGGCUGCACUAACCAAAGAGAAGAUGCAGGAAAUCCACAGGGCAGUUACCAAAUUUGUGGUGAUGGGGCUUCAUCCAUUUUCCACAGUGGAAUCACCAUCUUUCAGGGAGAUGACCACUGCCCUCAAUCAUAGAUACCAACCACCAUCCAGGGAUGACAUCUCCAACACGUACAUACCCGCGUGGUAUUCUGUUAUAAAACAUAAUGUCAUCCAGGAACUGAUGCAGGUCAGCAAAGUUGCAAUUACUUGUGAUGGAUGGACCAGCAUGGCACAGGACCACUAUCUAACAGUGACUGUCCAUUACAUUUACAAAGGCAGCAUCCAGCAGAAAGUGCUAAGUACUGAAGCAGUUUAUGAGUCCCAGACAGGGCCAGUGGUGGCACAGGAAAUCCACAACAUUCUUGAGGAAUUCAAGUUGACUGAAAAAGUCAUAGCUGCCACAGUAGACAAUGCAUACAACAUGGAUGUUGCACUGAGAAACUUGACAUUUUUAAAGGUUGGAUGCUUUGCUCACACACUCAACCUGGCAGCACAAAAGGUGUAUGGCAUCCAUGCUGUGACUAGGUGGUGUGCAAAGAUUCGCGCAGUGGUGGUGUGGCUGAAGCGCUCCACCAUGAGCAAAACUGUCCUGAGAGAGAAGCAGAGACUCCUCAAUUUGCCAGAGCACAAUGUUAUCCUUGAUGUGAGGACUCGCUGGAAUUCUCUGUACCUCAUGGUGGAGCGGUUUGUGGAGCAGUUCCCUGCAAUCCAGGCAGCUUGCCUCGAUCAAAGGCUAAGAAAGCCAAUGGAGAGGGACAGACUAGAAAGGCUUACAGAGAGUGAUUUUGAGAAGGCAGAGGAAUUCAUCAAAUGCAUGAAGGUCUUGUACACCUCAACCCUCUGUGUGUCAAGUGACAAGUCCCCCACAAUCAGCCAAAUCAUCCACAUCCUCACAAAGCUGAAGGCACACUAUUCAACCUCCGAUGAUGACAAUGUCUUUGUAACUGCUAUAAAAGAGAAGGUGUGGGGAGAUCUUGAAAAAAGAUACCAGGAUCAAGACGUUCAGAACUUCCUUCAGGAGGCCACAUUGAUGGAUCCUCGCUUUAAAGGCAGGCUGGAAGUUGGUGUUGCAGAAACUUGGGAAAGGCUUGAAAAAGCAAUCGACACUGCCGCUACGGCAGCUCAGCAUCCAAAAGAGGAUAACCCUCCUCAGCAGACUGAGGCAGGUGAGGAGGAGGACCAAGCAGGCAAAUGUAUCAAGAUGUCAGCCUUGGAGCAGUUGUUUGAGGAUGAAGACCGAGAACUUCAUACAGCUCAGUCCACAGGUGUCCUCUCCAUCACAGAGCAGGUGCAGAAAGAGAUGGAGAUCUACAAAAGCCUGCCAGCCAUCCCAUCUGGACAAGACCCUUUGGCCUGGUGGGGGGGCCUCAUCAACCCCCUCUGA